GUGCAAUUUUCAAGAAGAAAGCAUGGCGGACGAUAACGGGUAAAGUUGAUGUAAUUCAGCCAGGACAGUUUUUUGUCGACAAUGUCGGAAUUCGCGCAAAUAUCACGCUUUAAAGAAGAAAAUAAAAGGGUAAGGACAGAAUUAUAGACUGAAAAAGAUAGAUAAUGCGUUCAUUUUAAAUAAUUUUUCGAACUAUCAUUUUAGGCUUUGCUGGAACGCCAACAACGGCUGCUCACGUGGUAUGGAAUUUACAAGACACUUUCCUUAUUCGGGACUCUUUUCACUGGUUUGACUUCUUCUACGCGAUUUUGUGAAUAUAUGUAUCAGGGUUGUGAUCAAUUUUUUUUUUAUAUGUCAUGCAGUGAGAGAUUUAAGGAAGACUAUGAAAAACUUGAGGCUCUAUUGCAGACUCUUCCAAACAAAACAUCCCACGAGGUUAUGGUGAGUUUUGGUCGUGGGAGGGGAGGAAGCGUUUGAAUAUCGUAGUAAAGUUUUAAAUUCUUUGAAACCACGGGAACAAGGAUCUCUAGUCCAUUAAGUACACACCUCAUUGACUUGCACUCAUACCUGUACCUCAAGCAAAAUUUAUAGAAACCCGAAGAAGCACUCUAUAUUUAACAAGGUAAUUUGGUAUUAUCAACUAAAUUAAUAACAUAGAUUGGCUAUGGUUAAGAGUGUCAAAGCUGACUUUUUGAGCGUUAGCCCCAUGUCUUUUGCUCUGAUAAAGGGCUAAUGCUUGAAACAUCAGCUUUGAAAAUCUUUACAGUUGCCAGUUUAUGUUAUCAACUCAGUUGAUGAAACAAAAUUACCUUGUUAUACUCUCCCAUCGACACAGCACAACAGUCUUUUUAUGAACUUACCCCCUUUUUUACUUUAUUUUUUGGUUUGCUCAUGCUUUUCAGAGUGUAUGAAUUAGGCUAUUCAUAGAAGAGACAUUCAUUUUCUCAGUAGCUCUUAGGCUUCUAAGGGUAUUGAUGGGGUUAAUGCAUGCAAGUCCUGAGGUUACAUUUACUCUGACAACAGAAUGUUAGGUGAAAAUGAUAUAGACUAUGAUGAAUUUUAAAAAAUAAUAAUUUUGUCAUCAGGUUCCAUUUGGAUCUGUGGCUUUUAUGCCAGGAAGACUUAUUCACACUAAUGAGAUUAUGGUGCUUCUUGGAGACAAUUGGUUUGCUGAGCGUUCGGCUAGUCAAGCUCUUGAAAUGGUGGAGAGACGAAAAAAAUGUACUGUCUUUAACUUCAUGUACAUGGUAAUGUUUUGUGAUGACAGAGGACUCGUAGAAAAUUGCAUUUUGUCAGUCUUGCUUUUUAUUUGGUCUGUAUGUGAGCUGGGAUGUUGCGUGGAUAGGUAUAUACUGUAUUUCUCUUUAAACCCUUAAACUUCCAGAAGUGAUUCACAUGCAACUUCUCCCUACAAUAUCCAUACAAUAUCCAGCAAGCAAGUAAUGAGAAUACUCAAACUGAUCUAACACCAAACUUGAUCUAACACCAAAUUCUUGUAACUAAUUUAUAUGGAAAUGUCUAGCAGCUAGAGGGGAGAAUUAACAAACAGAUCUGGUGAGUUAAAAGGUUAAUGAUUUUGUGGUGCAUUGGGAGUUGUAAAGGACUUGGUGCUUUAAGGUCUUUAUGGUUUGAUGAUGACUUUGUAAGGAUUUAGCCAACAGAAGGUUUUGCACCUAAUGAUGUUUGGUCUGAUGAACUGAAAACCAUUCAACUUUAUUGCUCAACUGAAAAGUGUCAUUUUCUUAUAUGGUUACAUAAAGAUACAUAAAUGUGCCAUCCAAGUGUGUUUUUAGUUCACAGUAUAAGUGAAACCACUUUAUACGCUUAACCCUUUAACUCCAGGAGUGACCAAGACAGAAUUUCUCCCUACAAUAUUAAUACAAUAUGAAUCAGGCAAGGAAUGAGAAUAAAGAAAAAUAUCAAUUAAGUGACUAUAUGUUAAUCCAAAUCCAAAUUCUCCAAAGUAACAUCAUAAGUAUUAUAUAACAGACAGUAAAGCGAUUUUCUAAUGAGAUCAUGGGUUAAAAUUUCAUAUUAUUUUUUUUUUCACUGGUCUAUCUCAGAAGGAGAACAACACCACAUUGUUUUGUUUCUUCUUCUGGUAUAUUUGUAUCAGUUUGUUUAGAUCAAGACCAAAUUAUGCCAUGCAACUCCUAGAGGCUUCACUCGCAUGUAUUUACGAUGAUCUUUCCUUUGUUAGAUCUGGAGAAAAAUAUUGCUGGGAUUAAGGAAGACUUGAAGAAUUUUGAAUCAGCAGUAAACUUUGCCUCAGAAAUUCAGUCUAUUGCAGAGGUAAAGUGCAAUAAUUUAUGCACUUAAAAAUUACAUUGAGAUGUUAUUUUAUUGAGUAAAUAUUAAGAUGCAGUGCUAAUUCAGUGGAACUUGGAUAUGGUAAAGUCUUUGUGGGAAAAUACAUGUUUAUUGCAUACAGGUAGGUUGCAUAAUUUAAUGAUGACAAAUAUUUCCAUGCUUAUCCUGAAAUUCAGUGUUGAACUGUUCACAUUCUGAAAAUUAUGCAACAUUAAUAUUUGCUGUUUUGCUCAGAUAGCCAUUCAUCUCUGUGAAUAAACAAUAAAAAUAAAUAAGUCUGACGAAAUUGUGCUAGAAAUGCAUGAAAUUUUUCCUUUCACUUAUUAUGGUUUCUUAGGAAAAUGCAGAUGUAAGAGAAAUCAAAGAAGAGCUUUCAUCACAAGAGGAGGAGAGAUUUUCAAGUGAGAUUUUUUUCUUUUUUUUUUCUCAAGAAACUUCUAUAUUCAUUUUUAAACUUAACCCUUGAACUCUCAAUGUGAUUGUUAACCCUUUAACUUCCACUAUCUCAUUAGUAAUUCUCCUUACUUUCUGCUAUACAGUUCUUGUGAUGUUAGUUUGGAGAAUUUGAUAUUGGAUCAACUUAUAAUCCCCUAAUUGAUAUUUUUAUUAAUUUAUUCUCAUCACUUGUCUGCACAAUAUUGUGUUGAUAUUGUAACGAGAAAUUCUCUCUUAGUCACUCAUGGGAGUUUAAGGGUUAAUCUCCCCUCUAGAUGUUACACAUUUCCUGCUGAAUUAGUUGGAAGAAUUUAGUGUUAGAUGAUAGUAACACCUUCUAUGUGAUAAGUUUCAGUAUUCUCAUUAACUGUUAGGUGGGUAAUUUUUGGAUCUCAUAGGGAGAAAUUUCAUCUUUUAAAAUCAAUUCUGGGAGUUAAAGGGUUAAUUUGAGAGCUGUUGAUAAAAAUAAGUUUUGCUUAUUUGAUGGGGCUUGAAUAUUUGAAUUCCACUGGUUCACAAAUUGGGAUUAUGAGAGGGGAGUCUAUUUCAAAUGCACCCCAUGAUACCUUCUCAGUUACACCUUUGAUUAAGUGAAACUUGAAAUAAGCUUCACUCUUUAACCCUCAGAAAGUGAUCAACUUGUAACUUCUCUUUGCAAUUCUAAUAUGUUACCUUGCAAACAGGUGAGGAGAGUAGCAGUGAUUUCCAGCAAGAGGGUGCCAUGUUAUCAUUACACCAAAUUGUACUGUCUAAUUUACAAGGAACUGUACAGUAGGUAGUAAGGAGACUUGAGGUGGAUGACUUUAUGAUGAGGUUCUAAAGAUUUAACCCAGAGGGCACAUAUUGUACCCCAUGUUGGUGUGGUCUGAUGAACUGAAAGUCAGAAAAUAAACCUGGAUCAAAAUUAUUUAUAUCAUGCCAGUAGGUGGGCAGGAACUUGUAAUGUCAUGGUUGACUCUUGCUUGCUGUUUGUUUAGAAGUCACUCUUUUCUUUAUUGGUAGCUCAGCAUUUACGAAAGGCACACCCUAAGGCUGAAAGAUUUGGUGGUACGAAGAAAGUUCAAGGACUUAAGAGUGAUCAAAAGGAUACAGUGACAAUGAAAGGAAAUAAGGUACAAAAAGUGUCUUCAGAAGACUUGUCUUUGCUUGCAAGACUAGAUGAACUGGAAGAAAAGGAAACUAAGAAUGCUGAACUAGACCAGGUUGGGAAGGAUGAUUCUGGUGAUGAAAAAAGCAUAACCACAGGUGAACACACAAACAUACAAGGAGAUGCAAGAUGGGGACUUCAUCAUAAAGACAAAACAAAUGAAACCAAAAAGAAAGUUACUUGGGAGGUACAUGAUGUUAAGGAUGAGACUGUGGUAAACUCAACGGAUUCCACUACAAGUGAGGAUGAUGACGAGAAUCAUGAUAGUGAUGAUCUACAGACCACAAUUUCAGUCAAGUUUAGCUCUUCAUCAGAGCACUCACAAGGGCAGGUUAGUAUAAGUUUUUAUUUUACUGUGUUGAUGUUUAAAUACCUGUUAUCACUUUCACUCCAGAGAUCUAAAUUUCAAUUCUCUACAUUGAGCUGUACAUUCAUACAAUUUUAGCUCUGAGUAUUUUGUUAAAUCUGACGGUAUGCACUACCUGAUAUGUUUCUUACUUCUCAACAUCCUUCUGCCUGCAACUUUAUCGAAAUUGUAAGGGGAAAUUCGGUUUUUGUUACACAUGAAAUUGAAAGGGUUAAUAUACAGUGAUAAUGAUAAUGAUGUACAGUGUAGCUCUCCGAUUACAAGUACAGUGUAGUGCUCUAACCACACACUCAUGUUGCCUCUUGAGUUGGUAUUUGUGUAGAGAGGAAAAGAUGUAAAAAAUCUAAUUGUUCUGACCUUAUGCUGUACUGGAGUUGGUGCUUUGACUUUGAUUAAAUUAUUUUCUCAUAUCUUGCAGUCUCCAAAGGAUUCUUGUGAAGAACCUACUGUUACAAGCCCAGCAGACAUCUACUCACAGUUUGCUUCUAAAAAAGAGUUAAAAUCCAUUUUGAGAAGGCCUUCUGCUGAAGAAAAAGGCAAAAAAAACGUUGUAGAAGAGACAUCUGUUACUACACAGCAAUUUCCUUCUGAUAUUGUCAAAGACAACACGCAGAUAGCAGACUUUAACUCUCAGAAGGUUAGUUGGAUCAAUUGGAGCAGUUGGGAGGGUUUUAACUCUUUAGACUUAACAUCAUAAUGCUUAUUCUCCUUACUGUUCUCUAUACAUUUCCUAGGUUCUAACAAGGAGAAUUUGUAAAACCAUCACAAGCUUUAUUAGUUGCCAAUCAUUUCCUUUAAUUUGAUACCUUAAUUUGAUUCAAGGGAUAGAUUGUAAAGAGAAAUUAGAACCUUGUCACUCUGUGGGAUUAAAGGGUUAAACUUUUAAUGUUUUGUUGUUCAGUGGUAAAUGAGCUCAUACACUGGAAGAUUGUACAGUUGAUUCAGAAAAGGGUAGGAAUACAGCCUACAGAGUUUGUGGUACAUCUUGCAUCAGUGCAUGAUUAAAUUUUCAAAAGGUUUACUGUUAUGAAAUUUCCUUCCACUGCAAAAGGGCUGGGCAAAUUGAUGGAUCCAGUCCCUUCACACCCUCAGUGUGAAGGGACUGGAUUUACAUGUGAACCUGUGCUGCGGCAGUUAUGCAUGACACAGUUUUCACGGUACCCUCUCCACCCAAGAGUACAAAAUGGUACUGGUGAAGAAUGUGUGCAUGUGUGUGUGGGGUGGGGGGAAGGAAGGGAGGUGAAACUGGGGGAGGGGAGUGGAGGAUGUAAUUGUUAUUCCCAGUUGACUCAUUCUACACCAAGUGAAAGAAUCAUCUACGGACUCUAUGGGGUAGUUUUUACAGCUAGCACAUGUAAGUGAUGAUGCAUCUUUUGUGUACUUGCCUGGUUUAAUGAUGAUUCAAUUCCAUGCUUAUGCUGAGAACUUUGACAUGAGUUCAAGGCAGAUAUUCUUGAUUCUGAAAACCAAGCACCAGUGUUUCUAGAACCAUGGUUUUGUGAUGGAUGACUAAAGAACUAAAUCUUAAUUUUCCUCACCAAUAUGUUGGUUUGUUGAAGUGCGUGUUUUUAAGUAUGCAUUGAUACCAAAUUUCUAACUUACUUUGUUUGCCUGUACCCUGAUCAGGCAUUUACAGGGAGUAUAAUUGAAAAGCCUGCUGUGCAGAUGAUCAGACAAGAGAGUUCUCACUUGCAGGUAUGGUAAUAUUCUUCUUUUGUUAGGGAAGAAUGGGCGAAAUACUUCAGACUGUCCAAUAUAUCUCUGAAGGAGAUCAAAUAAUAACAGCAACAAUUUUUGUUACUGUCAGUUAAGUUUAAUCUACAUAUGGUUGCCAACAUGAUUUUAUAUGCAAGUCGAUUUUAUAGACUUCCACUUACUGAUAAAUUUAUAUUUACUCUUCUUUUAUGAACAGUCAGGCACAUCCCAACCUGGAAAGAAGCUUUCAAGAUUCAAAGCCACAAGACAGAAGCAACAAUAA